CAAUAACAAUAAACACAAUGAAAAUUUAUGCAAAAUAAAGUAAAUGUAAAAUAAAAUUCAAUAAAAAUGGAACUAUUUCGGUCUGAAUCUUAUUAUAUAUUCGUCAGGAACGAGUCAAGCCUUUGGUGGAACCGUAUAACUGGAGCAUUUUCAGUUCGCUCAGCAUGGGACCUCUCGGAUAUCGAAGAUAUAGAGUGCUUGGGGAUAACAGAAGGCAUAAUAGGAAAAGUAGAGCACUCGAAUAUAUACGAACCGCGAUUGAUAAUAAUAAAGGAGAGUGUGCCCAUUGGUCAAAUAUAUUUCCACCACACAAUAUAUAAAAUAAAGUCUAUAUGCUUCCUGAACAUGGGAGCGACAAAUCAGGAGGUAGAUUUAUGCGCAUGUACGAAGCACGGCUCUUCGACUAUACUGGCUAACAGAGGGGGCGGUAAAAAAAUGGGUGCUAGACUAUUUGAAAAUUCAGCAUUUCUGAACAAGACUGUUGGAGCAGUGAAAAAUGUCAGCAACACAAUCAAAACUACAACUCAGCAGGCUGCCACUCAGGUAAAACAAACUGUCAAGAAACAAAGAGACCCGAAAUUAGCAGAACGUUUUGAAAAACGACUCACUGAUGAACUCCACAAGAUAUUUGACGACUCUGACAGUUUUUAUUAUUCACGAACACUUGACCUUACAAACAGUUUACAAAGACAAUAUGAAAUUGAGAAGGUUCUAGAAACAGAGGAGGGUAAUGGGAAGCCAAUAACGGAUAUUACUAGAUGGUGGAAGUAUGCUGACGAUAGGUUCUUCUGGAAUAAACAUAUGCUGAAGGAUAUCAUUGCUUUGGAGAGUCCGGAUUGCGAUCAAUGGGUACUACCCAUCAUCCAAGGUUAUGUUCACCUCUCACAAAUAGCUGUUGAGCCACCCGAUGCAAAUCCAUUAAACACAGAAUCCCUGUCGUGCUCCAGUACGUGUGAUGAAACAUUUACGUUGGGACUUGUUUCAAGACGAUCCAGAUAUCAAGCUGGGACUAGAUACAACCGCAGAGGCAUCGAACCUAGUGGAAAGGUGGCCAACUAUGUGGAAACUGAACAAAUUGUCUCCAUCAUAUGCUCGGACAGUAUUCACCGGGCAUCAUUUGUUCAGGUCCGUGGAUCGGUGCCAAUAUUUUGGAGCCAGCCCGACUACAAGUUCCGACCUCCGCCUAGACUCGAUAGAACCGAAGAGGAAUCUCACACAGCGUUCAAGAAACACUUCGAGGAUGAGCUCAAAAUGUACAAGCAAGUCUGUAUAGUGAACCUGGUUGAGCAGCAGGGCAGAGAGCGUAUUAUAUGGGAGGCGUACAGUAAUCAUGUGCUAAAGUACAAUAACCCGGAUAUUAUAUACGCUACUUUCGACUUCCAUGAGUAUUGUCGCGGCAUGCACUAUGAAAAUGUAAGUAUAUUGAUAAACGCGAUCGCCGACAUUAUUGGCGAGAUGCGUUUCUGCUGGCGCGACAACCGCGGACUAAUCUGCACACAAAAUGGCGUCUUCCGAGUCAAUUGCAUCGAUUGCCUCGACCGUACAAACGUCGUUCAGACAGCAAUAGCGAAGUAUGUACUGGAACUGCAACUGUGUAGACUGGGUUUGGGCACGCCAGGCUGUGGACUCCCUCCGUCGUUGCGGCAGGCAUUUCUCACGAUGUGGGCGGACAGUGGCGAUUUAGUGUCGAGGCAGUACGCUGGCACAAAAGCUUUGAAAGGUGACUACACUCGCACUGGUGAGAGAAAGCUGACAGGGAUGAUGAAAGACGGCGUGGCAUCUGCAAAUAGGUAUUAUCUAUCCACGUUCAAGGACGCCCUCCGACAAGUGGCUAUAGAUGUGAUGACAGGGGAAUCCCGGUGUAUUCCCGAACAGCUGAUCGUUCCCGACGGCACGCGUUGCACAUCUGUCAAGGACCAGUCCGUCCCAGACACUGCAGCAAUGGCUCAACACGUCAAAUCCUUGAUCGACGACUGCAAAAAGUUGCUGGUGGAUACAGAACCAGUACUCGGCUCUUGGGGGCUCAUAGACGCCGAUCCACACACUGGCGACCCCCAGGAAACGGAAAUGGAUAGCGUACUAGUAUUGACAAGCGAAGCUUACUACGUGACGGACUAUGAUGAAACUUCCGAUAGACUGCUGUCCGUGCAAAGAGUCCCAUUGAGAGACGUGACAGCUGUCGAGUUGGGGACUUUGGACACCAGUGCCACGAUCUUUAACGUGGGUCGCAAGAACACCACAGAGCCAGUGCAUUGCAUACGUAUUAACUACGUGUAUAACAACGAGCCGGGAUACUUCCACAUGUUCAGAUCAACUUCGCUGAGAUUCUUCAACAAUAUGGCGGUAGUUAUCAACACUAAAGACGAAAUGAUAGAAUCGUUGCAUUCCAUUUGCGAGUCCCUGGUAGUGGCUCGCGAUAUCGCGAAGUUACCUGCGAUACCGUUUCACGACGGCAUAAAACUCGAUAGGAAAAAGUCUAAGGUUCACCCAACGCAAGGCACGUCGGGCGGUGCGAGAUCGUCCCUGUACUUGGACCUGUCUCGCCUGCCGACACUGACGCGCAACGUGAGCGAGACCCAACUGGUUGCUGAUAUACGUAGUGUUGGUUCGAAAGCCUUCAACAACAUGACCGAGCAAUUCAGCAAAUUAAACAAGCUAAGCGCAAGAGCUCGACCUAGCUUACAGUUAAAACUUGACCAAGGCGCGUCGCGUACUAAGAAAAUUUUCACACUGGGCCACAACAAAUCAGAUAACAAAAAGAAAGGAAGCCAAUCUGACGGCCUGAGUUCCGAUUACUCAUCCGAUGACGAGAACAGAACCAACAUCUUCGAGCCAACCUUAGACAAUUUCGAGAAUAUGCAACACUACAUCGGCGGUCAGCAGAAGAAGGAUGAAAACGACUGCGAUUUGAUCGAAAAUCCCUUGUAUUCUUCCAAAAUUGAACCCCACGAAGAAGCUUUAGAGCCGAGCGUAUCAAUUGCUUCCGAAAAGCAAUCUCUAAAGACCCCGAGUAAUAAUGUUAAAAGAAAUCCAUUCGACACUGAGUCAAUAACUCCUGAGAUUCAAGUCGAAACCGAUGGCACAUUUAAUAAGCCAGCACCGCCGAAUUCUCUAUUACUAUCCCAAAAGUUGUCGCAAAGUUCCGGAUACUUAAACUUUGAGGAGGGUCCUAAUAUCGCGGAAGGGGUGACCUUCCAUAUGAGGUCAAACUCUCAACACGAAAUCACUUUCAAUAUCGCACAAUCGCACAGUGAAUCUGCGCUCAAGCAUCUGAAAAAUAUCGCAAGUCCAGUUUCCAGUGCUACGAGGGAAAUGGUGUUGUCGCCUUUCUCGAAAUUGGCUAAAGGCGUCCAAUCUUUGGGGGCUAAUUUAGAUCCCAGGAAGAUAAAGGGUACGCCGUCAGUGAAACAUGUAACUGAUCAACAGUACGAGGAGCACAAGAAACUGCAAGAGAAAUGGGCGGAUUGUAACACACGACUCGUCGCUCUCUGAAGAGUCCAGUGUAUUAAAAACAAGGUAUUUUUUUGGUCACAAAUGUUACAAAAUGUAUACACCUCAUAUGCCAGUACAGUUUUUUUUUUUAUUAGGAACAAUAUAUUGUUUCUCUUUAGUAAUAGUAGAUGAAGUAUAGAAAGAUAGAAGGAGCGCUUGCGAACAAAAACGUUGAUAAAAUUGAAGCCAGUUGUGCGUACGAAAAUAGCAUUUAAUAGAGACAGUCAGUGAGUAAUGGCUUUAUUAGCAUUAAUGACAUAAAUCAAAUUUUAGACGAAUUAUAUAUAUUUAUUUUUCGGCACCAAUCGUCCACGUGUUAUUUUCGUUCGUCCCUGAAUAAGUAUACUUCGUAUUGAUCCAGGGUGUGACAGACUAUGGUCUGUCUGUAUGUAAAAUUGCAUUCUUCAUCUUUUUAGCAAUUUAAACUUCAUUACGUUAAUAUUAGGGUAUAUUAAAUAGAUUUUUUUUUAUUUAUAUUCUUUAUAUAUAAAAAAUGUAUACAAUAAAUAAAAAAUCUGACUAAAGAAAAAAUAUAGACGGCAAAAUAUUACUAACAUUAAAAAGACGCAGUUCUUGCAAGAUGUAGGAGAGGCAAACGAUUGCCAAAUUUCCUCAAUUUUACCUUAAAAAAGCAACAUAUAUUUAUAAAAAAAAUAAAUAAAAAAUCUGACUAAAGAAAAAAUAUAGACGGCUAAAUAUAUUACUAACAUUAAAAAGACGCAGCGCUUGCAAGAUGCAGGAGAGGCAAACGAUUGCCAAAUUUCCUAAAUUUUACCUUAAAAAGCAAGAUAUAUAUAUAAAAAUAUAAAUAAAAAAAUUUGACUAAAGAAGAAAUAUAUACGGCUAAAUAUAUUACUAACAUUAAAAAGACGCAGCGCUUGCAUUAUGUAGGGGAGGCAAACGAUCGCCAAAUUUCCUAAAUUUUACCUUAAAAAGCAAGAUAUAUAAAUAAAAAUAUAAAUAAAAAAAUUUGACUAAAGAAAAAUAUAGACGGCUAAAUAUGUAACUAAUCUUAAAGAGACGCAGCACUUGCAAAAUGUAGGAGAGGCAAACGGUUGCCAAAUUUCCAUUGCUUAGUUCAAUUAUUAGAAUAAUAAUUAUUUACAGCAACUGUAUAGAGAAACAUGCGAUUUUAAGAAUGCUCAUAGCAGUAGAGUACUUUAUGGCAUUGCUUACAGAAAUUUAGUAAUUGGGCGUCGUCUUUAAUCGCUUUUAUGUUCAAUCUAGUAUCACAUGUUUCCUUACACAGGGACUAGAAAUAGCGUUAAAUUAUAAUAGAAUAUAACUAAUAUAAGCUAAAUGAAAAAGAUAGAUUAUGCCAUGCGCUAGGUACUUUGUUUGUGCGAAGGUCAUAAUGACAACAUCUUAACAGACAGAUCCACAAACUUUUUUUCUUUCUAUACAUUUUCCGUCUAUCACUUUCAUUUAGUCUGCGAUAAACAUUAAUUUUGACUACGAAAUGUGUUUUAAAUUUUUUACUCUGUAUGUAGGUACUAGGUGAUUGGAAUUGUUAUGUAUUGAUUAAAUUCGGUGUUAAGGACGCCCUCCAACCUGGGAUCUUAGGACUAAAGGCCUCUCUCAACGGGAGGUCUGCAUAUAAUCACCUCGUUGGGCAGACUUGUAGGUGAACGCGAAUGGUAGUAGUAGCACAAAGGUGCUGCACUCCGUUCUCCGUUAUAUCCCCUUAGCCUAUACUUAAAUAACAGUAAUUGUCGAGAUUUAUUCUUAGUUUUCUAUUUAUUUUAAA